AUUAUAAUUUAUAUAUGACUGACCUAAUUACUGCUCUUAAUAAUGAGAAUGGGACCAAAACCCGUAAAAGAAAAUUUGAUCCUGAUAAAAUGUGGGCUAAAUGUAGGACUUGUGGCGAAGCUGGGAAUAUAGAAAAUAUGUUGUGGCAGAAAAUACCUUUUGCUAACGGCAACGGCCAAGUAUUAUUUGGUUGUUAUGAGGGGUAG